CCGAACACACUGCGCACGCGCAUUGGUCUUCCCUGACCCUCUGGAGCCUGUUGGGGCUCUACUGGUUUUGUUGCGGUUUGGUUUGUUGCGCUGUCACCUCAGGUCUUGAGGGUUCCUCAGGAAGACUCUAGGAAACUCCAGCAGCAGGAAGAUGGCAGUGCACUCAGUGGACUUUGAGGAUGUGGCUGUGAAGUUCACCUUUGAAGAGUGGGCCCUGCUGGACCAUUCACAGAAGAGACUCUACAGAGUUGUGAUGAGGGAAACUAUCAGGAACCUGGCAGCUGUGGAGACAAAAGAGAAAGACCAGAGCAUUGAAGAUGAGGACAAAAAGCAAGAGAGAAAUCCCAGAAAUCAAAUAGCUGAGAAACUUUGUGAGAGUAAAAAAGUUCAUCAUUUUUCAGAAAAAGUCCUCCAAGAUUCAUAUCUCAGUCCUACUGAGGAAAGUCAUACUAGUGCAAUACCAUGUAAAGAUCCAUGUUGUAGAAAAGUGCUCAUGCAUCCGACAUCUCUUAAUCCGCAACUUAGAUCUCAGACUCAGCAUAGGCCCUUUGAGAAUCACAAAUUUGGAGAGAAGCCAUAUAAACAUGAGGAAUGUAGUAAAGAGUUCACUGAUCACCAGUGGCUUCAGAACCGUGAGAGAUCGUAUAUUGGAGACACAAAGUAUGGAUAUAAACAAAAUAGCAAAGGUUUCAGAGUUCUCAAUUUCUUUCAAACACAAGGAAGAACUCAUAGUACAGAGAAAUCCUGUGAGUGUAAAGAAUGUGGGAAAAUGUUCUUUUCUCGUGAAAGCUUUCAGAGACAUAUGAAUGUGCACACUGGAGAGAAACCUUAUAAAUGUAAAGAAUGUGGAAAAGCCUUCAUUUAUCAAAUAACAUGGAAGGUACACAUGAAAAGACACAGUGGAGGACAACUGUACCAGGGCAAACAAUGGGGAACAACUUCCUCCUACUCAGUGUUAAAGAAAAACUCAAUGAGUAACACGGAUGAAAGACUUUUUCAAAAUAAUCAGUGUGGUAAAUCUUUUGGUAUUUCCACAUAUUUGCAAUAUAAUGAAAUUGUUCACACUGCAGAAAAGCCUUAUAAAUGUACAGUAUGCAAUAAAGAGUUUAAAGACUCUAGAAGUUUAUAUUUACAUGAAAGAAUUCAUGGCGCAGAGAAAUUUCACCAGUGCUCAGUAUGUGAGAAGUGCUUUGUCUGUUUUCAGAAGCUUCAAUUGCACAUGAGAGUGCACACUGGAGAUCAACAUUAUAAAUGUAAACAUUGUGCGAAGGUGUUUAUGAAUUCAUAUGUGUGUGAACAGCACAAAAAAACCCAUAUUAUUGAGAAACCCUGUAAAUGUAAACUAUGUCUUAGGCCCUGUAGUUUUUCCAGCUCCUCCCAAAGGCAUGAAGAUACUCAGACUGGAAAGAAUCCCUGUGAAUGUGAACAGUGUAGAAAGGCCUUCACUUCUUCCAGUUCCCUCAAAAUGCAUAUAAGAACUCACAUUGUAGGAAAACCCUAUGUUCGUGAGCAGUGCAGUAAGAACUUUGCUUUUUGCAGUGCCCUCCGUGUGCAUGAAAGAACUCACACAAGACAGAAACACUACCAAUGUAAAGAAUGUGGCAAAUUCUUCACUUCUUCUAGUGUCCUCAGAAGGCAUGAAAGAAUUCACACUGGAGAGAAGCCCUAUAAAUGUAAACAGUGUGGUAAUGCCUUCAUUUUUUCCAGUGCCCUCAGAACUCAUGAAAGCACUCACACUGGAGAGAAACCUUAUAAAUGUAAACAAUGUUGUAAGGCCUUCACUACUUACGCAUACUGCCGAUUGCAUGUAAGAACUCACACUGGGGAGAAACCUUAUGAGUGUAAACAAUGUGGAAAGGCAUUCACUUUUUCUGGUGGCCUCCGUACGCAUGAAAGAAUUCACACAGGUCAUAAACCAUACCAAUGUAAAGAAUGUGGAAAGGCCUUCAAUUAUUCCAGUUCCCUAAAAGUACACCAAAGAAUUCACAGUGGAGAGAAACCAUAUGAAUGUGGUCAAUGUGGGAAGGCUUUUGUUUCUUCUUCUUCUCUCCGUACACAUAAAAUAAUUCACACCGGAGAGAAACCUUAUGAAUGUAAACAGUGUGGGAAAGCAUUCUCUUUUUUUCAUAGCUUACAAGUACAUCAAAGAAUUCACACUGGAGAGAGACCCUACAAAUGUAAUCAAUGUGGAAAGGCUUUUAGUUCUUCGAGUCAGUUCAGAAGGCACGAAAGAACUCACACUGAAUCGAAACCAUACAAGUGUAAACAUUGUAAUCAGACAUUUGCUAGUUCUGGUCUCUGUGAAAGGCAUGAAAGAACUCAUACUGGGCUGAAACCGUAUGAAUGUAAACAAUGUGGUAAAGCCUUUCAGUCUUCCAGUAACCUCCAAAGGCAUGUUAGAACUCACAGUGGAGAGAGGCCGUAUGAAUGUAAACGAUGUGGAAAGGCAUUCGUUUUUUCCCAUGGCCUCAGAAUACAUGAAAGAAGUCACACGGGAGAAAAACCCUAUGAAUGUAAACAAUGUGGUAAGGCCUUCACUUCUUCCAGUUACCUACCAGUCCAUGAAAGAAUUCACACUGGAGAGAAAUCCUACAAAUGUACACAAUGUGGAAAGGCCUUUACUUCUGCCAGUAUUUUGAGAAGGCACGAAAGAAGUCACACUGGAGAGAAACCUUAUGCAUGUAAACAAUGUUGUAAGAGCUUUACUUCUUCCAGUUACCUCCGAUUGCAUGUAAAAACUCACACUGAAGAGAAGCCCUAUAAAUGUGAACAAUGUUGAAAGGUGUUCGCUUUUUGUAGUGGCCUCGGUGUGCAUGAAGUAAUUCACGUAGGACAGGAACAGUACAAAUGUAAGCAUUUACUCGUUCCUAUACCCUCAGAAUGCAUGAAAGAAUUCACACUGAAGAUACCCUAUAAAUGUAAACAAUGCAGUAAUGCCUUCAUUUCUUCCACUGCCCUCAACUCAUGAAAGCACUCAGACUGGAGAGAAACUGUAAAUGUAAAGAGUGUUGCAAGGCCUUCACUACUUACGCAUACUGAGAAACAUGUAAGAAGUCACACUGGGGAGAAACCUUAUGAGUAUGAACUGUGGAAAGGCAUUUACUUUUUCUAGUGGCCUCCAUGCACAUGAAAGAAUUCACACAGGUCAAACCAUACCAAUGUAAAGAAUGAUGUGGAAAGGCCUUCAGUUAUUCCAGUUACCUCAAAACACAUGGAAGAAUUCACGGUGGAGAGAAACCGUAUCAAUGUGGUCAAUGUGGGAAGGCUUUUACUUCCUCUAGUCUCUGUACUCAUGAAAGAAUUCACAUUGGAGAGAAACCCUACAGAUGUAAACAACGUGGAAAGGGCUUUACUUUUUGCAGUGUUAUCAGAAGGCACAAAAGAAUUCACACCGGGGAGAAACCCUAUAAAUGUAAACCGUGUGAUAAGCCUUUCACAACUUAACUCGCCUUCCUGUACAUCGAAGAAUUCACACUAGAGAGAAACCCUAUGAAUGUAUAAAAUGUGGCAAAGCCUUUGCUUAUUCCAGUGACCUCCACAGCCAUGAAAGAUCUCACCCUAGAGAGACACCCUACGAAUGUAACUGAUGUGGUAAGGCCUUUGUUAAUUCUUGUUCCCUCAACCUGCACAAAAAGUCAUUCUCUAAAAAAAAGCCUAUGAGGACCAGGGAUUUAGCUCGGUGGUUCCACUGCCUGCCUCAUAAGUACAAGGUCCCGAGUUUGAUCCCUGGUACCAAAAACCCCUCAAAAAACAAAGAAAACCUAUGAAUCAGUGUGAGAAGGCAUUUGUACAUCCCUGUGCACUCUGAACGAAAUAACUCAGAGGAAAAAAAAAAAUCUCAGGGGAAUAAGGUAGUUAGAACUGGGCUUGCCUGCAGUGCCCUCAUAGAGCAUGAGAAAACUCAGGGUAGAAGAAAUGUUAGUAUUAACCACAUGAAAUCUUUUUAUGACUGUGAUCUUUAGUGGCUUAAAAAUUCACAUUGACAUGAAAUCCUAUGAAGGUAGACUAUAUGGAAGGGCCAUAAGUUGUUUUAGUCAGAUUUGAGUACAGGGGCCUAUCCACUAGAGAAGCCCUUUAGACAAACUGAUAAGGCUUGAAGAAUUAAAUAACAUUUCACCACAAGAAAAUGCAAAGGAUACAGAAGCAGUGUGCAGUUAAAAAAUGUUGUAAAUGUGACCACUUCUGCUCUGUUCUGUUCUGAAUGAAACCCUGUGGCUAGUAUGUAAUAUGAAUGAAUCUGUCACAUCAACCACCCUUUGGAGAAAAAAAGAGUUUUAUCUGAUAGGAACUUUAUAAAUUUUGUUGACAUUUACUUGAGCAAUCUUGGAUUUCUUUUCUUUUCUUUUGUACCAGGGAUCAAAUUCAGGACCUUGUGCUUGCAAGGCAGGCAUGGUACCACUGAGCUAAAUCCCCAGCCUGAUUUUGGUUAUUUUCAAACUGAGCCCUUGUCAUCAAGAGCAAUUUCUUUGUCUCUGUCUCUCACAGUGGAGUUGAAACCAAGGACUUUAUUGUAAGAUACAUCUUCAGGCAUUAUUUUUUAUUUUGAGGCUGGUUACGGUUGCAUGCCUCUGGGUUUAGAGUUGUGAAGACCCUGCCUGCGACUCCUGGAGUGCUACCAUUACAAGUGAGUGCUGCCAUGGGUGAUUGUAAUUUUUUUAGUCUAAGGAAUAUGAGAAAGACUAUUGCCUUUCUCUGUAGAAAAGGUCAUGGUAUCAACCUUUGCAAACCACUGCCUUUGCAGUGUGUGAUAGUUUUCAAUUUUCACAAAUACUUUUUAGUUCUACAAAAAUUGGCACUAAGCAAAUUAAUGUACUAUGGAAGAUGAAUUGAAGUCUUUAUACUUGUAACACUUCAGAACAUUAUCCAUGUGAUCUAUGAUGCAUGAUCUCUAUCUGUGACUUAUUCUCCCAUGUUUUAGAAGUGAAAGUAUGCCAAAAAA